GACUCACCCUGUAUAAAAUUUACAUAGGCCCAUGCAGUAUCUCGUAAACGAAAUAUUUUUAUCAAACAGAUACGCGCUGUUGGGGGCCAGCGGAUGUGGCAAGACAACCCUGUUGUCCUGUAUCGUCGGAUUACGUUAUCUCGACAGUGGAGAGAUGUGGGUCUUGGGGGAAUCUCCGAGCAGUGUGGGCUGCGGAAUUCCAGGGCCUCGGGUAGGUUACAUGCCACAGGAUACCUCUUUAGUCGAACAAUUUUCUACGAGCGAUGCUCUUUAUUACUUCGGCAGGAUCAAUGGGCUUGACGAUAAAGAGAUCGAAACGAGAUAUAGGUUUUUCUCGGAAUUGUUCCAACUGCCUCCAGCAAAUCAGUUGGUGAAGGACAUGAGUGGAGGUCAACGAAGAAGGGUUUCCCUUGUCGCCGCAUUGAUGCAUAAGCCCGAACUUCUAAUUCUCGAUGAACCCACCGUAGGUUUGGACCCAAUUUUGAGAGAAAACAUUUGGGCUUAUCUGAUCAAACUAACACAGGAGGAAGGCACCACCGUAUUGAUCACGACGCAUUAUAUCGAAGAGGUUAAAAAGGCUAAUACACCAGGAUUCGAAACUGGGACCUCCCUCAAUCCGGCACGCAGGACAGGGUAGAAAAAGACGGUAUAUGAAUUCACUUACAAGUAACACUACCCAACUGAUUUGACUACUCACAACACUACUCACCGAUUUGAAUGGAACUUAACAUACUUAUUAAACAUCGAAAAAUAUUAAAUACGUGUUUUUUUGUUUCGGCUAAAUACCCUUUUUAGGGGUAGAAAGCACCCCUCAACCCCUGGAGGUGGAAACGGUUAUGGCUAAUUAUUUCUGAAACGAUACAUUUUCCGAAAAAAGUGCUUAGGACCAAAGUUGUAGAAAGUAAAGUGAUGCACUUGAUGGCGACCUUGAAGUCGACCUUGAGGUCGAUUUUCAAGGUCAUUUAAAAAUCAUUUCAUGUUUUUCAAAGGGAGUAAUUUACUUUUCAUCCCGAGAAU